AUGCAGCAGCAUCGCCGACAAAACCCUCAUAGUAGGGGCCAGUAUAAUAGCACCACCUCACCGCCAUCCAGGUCGACUGUUUCCACUGCUGCUAAACCCGCGUCCAAUGCCAAAAAAGGACCGUCUGUAAGGUCACAACGGCCUGUCCUCUACCACCGCAAGAGCGCUUCCGCCCAGCUGCCGCUUCACCCUCACUCUCACCACCCUCAUAAUCAUCACAGCCAUAAUCACAAUCACAGUCACCAUCACAAGUCGUCGCUUCCCAAACUGCUCGGCCCCGGUUCUGGCCCUGCCAACUGGACCGGCCAGCACGACGACGACAAGCCUGAAAUGGCCACCAGCUUCUUGCAGUACUGUGCCAUGUGUGAGAAGCAGAUCACCGUGCCCUGCAACUCUGUCUUAUAUUGCAGCGAGAGCUGCCGCCGCAAAGACUCCCGCAAACCACUCUCCGCCUCCUCCUAUACCUACACCACUUUGCCCUCCUCCACACCCCCCGACUCUCCACCCAUGUCCCCGCGAGCCAUCGUCACUCCCCUGACUCCCACAGGAUCCUCUCUCCCCGCCAGCCUCUCCAGGAUACCCUCAGACCUGCACGACGCCAAGUCAGAUCUGGACCCGACGGAAUGGAAGCCCGUGAUAGGUACGACUAACUCGUCGACGUCGCUCUCAGACGCAUGGACCUACCUGUCGCAGUUCCAUCGUGACGAGUCGUGGGCGACGCUGCAGCAGCGCCGCUCGCUCGCGCACACCCACCGCAGUAGCGCCAGUCUGUCGAUGCUCGGCAUGGCGCCGCCGUCGCUCAUAAACACGCCUAGCACUGUCGCCUCGUCCGCGACCAGCUCGUCGUCCUCCGACUACAUCGGCGCGUACUACGCGCACGAGCUUUCUGGAGGUGCUGGCGCAACCCGGCCUCUGCCACCCCGCCACAACCCUUCCUUCUCAGGUGCAACCAAGGGCGUCGAGCUCGUCGUGCCGCACAUUGUGACCGCUGCUCCUGCGGUCCCGCUAGCUCUAGGCUCCUCGCUUGAGCACGACGCUGAUGCCGGCGUGUGGCUGAAGCCGCAUCGUCGACGGUCGCUAAAGCCAGCGACGCCGUCGUCGAUUGCAAGCGGUGUUGCUCAUUAA